UCCUAGUCAUAAUACAGAUCUGAACAAGCAAUACAGUUUCCCAACAGUAAAGACUGUAUCUCAGCUUAAACACCGUCCAGCACAAGUAUAUUGUUUCUUCCUCUCACCGAGAAGAAUAUGAAGAAUAAGAAGAGUUCUGCUUCACAAGAAGCAGAAACACGUCCUUCCAGGUGUCCAGAUAACAGUGCAUUCAAACAGCAGAAGCUACCAGCGUGGAAGCCCCAGCUUACCAUUGCAUCUGUGCUCUCCACUUUCUUUCUCACGGGAGCGUUUUGCCUUUCUGUGGGAGUCUCCCUCAUAGUAGCUGCAAACAGCGUCAGAGAAAUCCAGGUUGAUUAUUCAGAUAAAUGCUCAAAUUGUUCAAAACUUCGUGAAAAUUCCUCUAAUUGGAACAGUGAAUGCCUCUGUUCUAUUAAUUUCACACUAGCAGAAGAUAUGCUGGGUGAUGUCUUUAUGUACUAUGGCCUGCAAAACUUCUAUCAGAAUCACCGUCGAUAUGUACUAUCAAGAAGUGAUGAACAAUUGUUGGGUCGAAAUGUAGAUGUUCAGAACUCCUACUGUGCACCCUUCGCUGCUUACAAAAAUGGAACACCAAUGGCUCCGUGCGGUGCUAUUGCCAACAGCAUGUUCAAUGAUACUAUUGAUCUUUUUUACAAUUUUAACUCAUCUGUUAUUCAAGUACCGCUGCUGAAGACUGGAAAUAGUUGGUGGACAGAUAAAAAUGUGAAAUUUCGCAAUCCAGACUCGCACAAUCUCUCUGCUGCAUUUGCAGGAACAGCAAGACCUCCUUACUGGCAUAAACCAGUGUAUUUGUUAGAUGAGGAAGAUGAAAAGAAUAAUGGAUAUAUAAAUGAUGACUUCAUUAUCUGGAUGCGAGUAUCAGCCUUUGCUACAUUCAAAAAUCUUUAUCGUCGUAUCAGCCGGAAAGGACAGUUUACUGAUGGCCUCCCAGCAGGGAAUUAUACUUUCCAUAUUUCCUACAACUUCCCUGUCACCAAAUUCAAGGGGAAGAAAUAUGUGAUUCUUUCAACCAUGGUAUGGAGUGGAGGAAGUAACCCGUUCCUGGGAAUUGCCUAUUUGGUUUGUGGUGCAGCAGCAACCCUGACAGGUUUUAUCAUAACUGCCAUCCACUUAAAGCUGAGAAAAAAGAAAACAUAUUUUCAAAGACGCUGAUGUUCCCUGGAUUGCUCAGUGAAGGCAAAUAUGUGCUGUGAAUGAAGAAUGGGCAGCAUCUUUCAUUCUUUCCCCUAUGCUCUGGAUUUGCUUUAGUAACAGGUUUGGUGAAUGUAAGCAAAUUGAGGGACAGUGCUUAUUCAUCAUCCAAACCCAAACUUAAGCGAGACUGCAUUGGGUCAGUGCAUUGCUUUGGGUCAGUAAAAAGUGAAAUCUUGGUUCAACAAAGAGCUUGAGCUGGUAGAACCUAAUGCUAAAGCCCCCUUGUUGGCCACGUGCAUGGGCUGAUCGGCUUGGCACAGGUUGUACAAAGCUUUUUCCACUAUCCUAGAAAAGCAGACCAUUCAUUUGUGUAUUAGUGUAGGAUAAUCAUCACAGUUCAAUAGUUACGAUAGAAUGCAGAUCAUGUUUUAGAAACAUGGAGUGUGUUUAAACCCGUUGUUGUGUUAGUUUUAUAUGAGUACCAAGGCUAGCCUGCAGAGCUAGAUAGAGGAUGUGAAAACAUCAACUUAUAUUUAAAAAAUUAUGGUUUAAUAGCUUAAAGCAAAGGCUCCUUCAGUGCUAACCAUUUCAGCAGAACCAUCUAGCUAAUGCAACCUACCUACUGCAGCCUUCUGUGCAAGAUGCUGACUCUCAGUGACAUGAAAUGUCUGUUCCCCACUCAAGUCCCCAUUUCUGUGGUGCAGAAACUCAAUGUCAAUAGUAAACAUAAAACAUUAGAAAAUCUGACGACUUCAUUUUCAGAAAAUGAAUGCUGCAGCUGGUGAAUAGACCAUUAUGCAUUUUUGUUUUCCUUGUUCAAGAUUUCAGAUACUUUGAAGCUAUUUCCAGAAUGCAGGAAUAACACAGAAUUUAGGUGAAGAAUAGCAUACCACCUAUGAGUUCUUAAAAACAAUUCUUCCCUGGCAUAACUGGAAAUAGAAUAAAACACUCUUAAUGAAUUUCUUUGAUAAGUACUGUCUGUGCCUUACCCUCUUCUCCACAAAAAAGCUCCACACCACUGAGAUAAGAAAGAAAAGAAAGACUACAGCAAGAGAAGAGAGUGUGGCAUAGGGAAGCUGUGUGAUGCUGUCAAGUCUAGUUUGCUGUUAAAGAUGCCCAUGUCUGUCUUUAAAAAUGUAUCCAGCACUUAGGACAUGGAACUUAGGCAGAUAGACUCUGGUGAAUCAGAAUGCACUGUUUCUUUCAAUGUUUGCUUCUUUAUUGUGCCAUGAGCACAAUUUUUUAUGUUCACAGCCUGGCCUGUCGUUAUAAGCUUGCUCCACCAAUGUCUUACGCUGAUCCUCUGGGUUAACACACAUCUUGUUCUGUUCAUCCUGGUCGGGUCCAGUCCCCUUCAUCAGAAAGCUGUGAAAACAGGGUUCCAAGAUUUAAACCACUGCAUCUAAUCCUGCCAGGGGCUUGGGAGAGCCCUAUCCCUGACUGGACUGGACAAGACAGGGCACAAAGCAGUACAUUUAGCAAUGCUUUAGCUCAUUAUUCUAAAUCACUUUUAACAAUGAGACGUGCUCCCGAACCUUCUAAGUGCUUUUGAAAAUUUAAUCCCAUACAGCCUUCUGGAAGGCUCUGUUUGUGUUGCUGACAAAGCUGGAUCAGGACUUAUAGCUCCAAACAGACCACAGUACUCUUUCUUCUUUUUUUUCUUUUUAAUGCUUUUUUUUUCCCCCUAUUCUCUCUCUGUGUUUUGUUGUUUGUUCUUUUUUCCCCUUUCCUUGUUUUUUUGUGUUUUUUCUUUUAAUUCUCUGAGAAAUGAUAUAUCAUCUGGGUGCUUAAGCCCCAGAACUAUUGCCAUUGAUUGUAUUUCUUUAUGGAGUAUCUGGUAAAAAUGUUACUAAACUGAGACUGAAUAAUGAGGCAUACCUCAUUCCAGUGAUUCAGUGUCUACAAUAAAGAAAAAAGUAUUUAGAAAAUGCAGUCUCGCAAGCAGCAUUAGUGAUAUGUCUGCUAUCUCCCAGAGGUUGGUGCAAGAACCUGGCUCUUCUCUUGAAACAUGCGAUGUCUUCCAAGUCCUCCUCAGGAAAACCUGUCUUAAAACUUCCUCUAUUAUUCUGGAGUAACCUCCAAGUACCUCCGGAGUAUCCUCCCAAGUCUUCGUUUGUAAAAAUGAAAGCUCUUUUUCACCUUGCCACAACUUUAAACACGUCUUCCAUCUUUAUUGAAUCCUCUGAGCGGUGUCCUUGGCAGCUGCUACUUGAACUCAGGAAGUCACUGCUGUUACUCUGAACAGCUCUGCAGAGUGUCCUGUCAUUUCGGAUAGUACUGCCUGCUCCACAACGAUGGGGAUGGCAGCUUUGAUGAAGUACAUGCAGCAGAUAUGUUUGGAUGGAAUCUGCCUUGCUCAAAAAGACAGAAAAUAAAGUUUUAGCACCCUC